AAAUAAAAGGCUCGGAUGGCUGAAAUGGCCCACAAGGCCGAAAAGCAACACGGGCCGAUCCCCAUGGCCAGGCCUUCGGGCCGACACGGUCAUGCCGCGCCGGCCCAUGCCCACGUGGCCAGGUUUGUUGCGCACCGGCCGCCGGCCCCACCCCCGUACCUCCGGCUCGAUGGCAUCAUCCCCGCUUCGGCUUCGCCCCCUCACACGCAACCACCCUCCGCCCGUCCAAUCCACCUCACAAUUCCGCCGCCGGCCGGCGCCAUGUCGCCCCCUUCCACCCCAUUCCCCUCCACGGCCUCGCUGCUCCUCGCCGGCAGCAGGCUCCCGCGGUUCCAGAUCCAGUCGCCCCGCGCCCCCACCAAGCCCCCGUACCGCUCCGCCUCCCCCUCCCCCUACCGCCCGUGGCUCCGCGGCGUCGCCAGGCGCCCCCUGCUCGUCCCCACCUCCGCUUCCCACCGGGUGACGGCUGCUCCUUCGCCGGGGGUGGAGGCUGCGGAUGAAUCGGGCCGGCUGGCGGCUUCUCCUCCCCUGGCGGCGGAGGCUGAGGAUGAAUCGGGCGGCCGGCUGGCGGCCGCGAGGAGGGUCGCGGUGGCGCUGAUCUGCAGCGCGCUGGCGGCCGCGAGGAGGGUCGCGGUGGCGCUGAUCUGCAGCGCGCUGGCGGCGGUGUGGUGCCAGCGGGCGCUUGCUACGACUCCCGCCGCGGCGGGAGCAGGCGCGGGGGCGUCCACGGCGGUGGAGGCGGCCGAUGUGGUCGGCUGGGUGACGCUGCGACUGCGAGGGAGCUGGCCCACGGUGCUGCAGGUUCUGCAGCUGCUCAGGGAGCAGGGCCUUGUUCUCGCCCUAUUGCUCGGCCUCUCCGCCUUCUUCUCCAUGGCCGAGACCUCCAUCACCACGCUCUGGCCCUGGAAGGUCCGUGAGCUCGCUGACAAGGAACCUGAGAACGGCGUGUUCAAAAUGCUCCGAAAUGAUGUCACUCGCUUCCUCACAACCAUACUCAUCGGCACAACCGUGGUUAACAUUGGCGCGACAGCCAUUGUCACCGAGGCAGCCACAGCAAUGUUUGGUGAAGCAGGUGUCAGUGCAGCAACAGGCGUCAUGACUGUUGCCGUUCUCCUUCUUACAGAAAUCACACCCAAGAAUGUUGCAGUCCACAAUGCCACGGAAGUUGCCAGGUUUGUGGUCAGACCAAUCGCUUGGCUUUCAAUCAUCCUGUAUCCCGUUGGGCGUAUUGUUACAAUUAUAUCCAUGGGAAUUCUAAAGCUUCUGGGCCUGAAAGGAAGAAGUGAGCCAUAUGUGACUGAGGAUGAACUGAAGCUAAUGCUCCGGGGAGCGGAGUUGAGUGGUGCGAUUGCGGAAGACGAGCAGGAUAUGAUUGAGAAUGUGCUCGAGAUUAAAGACACACAUGUCAGGGAGGUGAUGACACCUUUGGUAGAUGUGGUUGCAAUUGAUGCAGCCGCAACACUGAUUGAUUUCAAGAACCUAUGGGAAACCCACCAGUACUCUAGAGUUCCUGUAUUUGAGGAGCGCAUAGAUAAUAUCGUGGGAAUUGUAUAUGCAAUGGACAUGCUUGAAUAUGUUGAAGAGGCUGAGAAGUUGAAGGACAUCACUGUGAAGGAAAUUGCACAUAUGCCUAUAUAUUUUGUCCCAGAUUCCAUGUCCGUUUGGAACCUGCUGAGAGAGUUCCGGAUCAGGCAGGUUCAUAUGGCAGUGGUCCUCAAUGAGUAUGGUGGAACGAUUGGUAUCGUGACAUUAGAAGAUGUGGUGGAAGAAAUAGUCGGUGAAAUCUUUGAUGAGAAUGAUUCAAAGGAGGAAAUCCAGAAGAAAACAGGCAAUAUAGUAAUGCUGGAAGAUGGAACAUUUGUUGUUGAUGCAAACACAUCUAUAGACGAUCUUUCUGAAGAGCUUGGUGUUAAAAUACCAGAGGGCCAUCAGUAUGAGACCGUGUCUGGUUUUGUUUGUGAAUCCUUUGGCUAUAUACCAGAAGAAGGUGGGAAAAUGCUUGUGAUACUCGAAAGGGAUAAAAGCGAGGAGAAUGGUGAAUAUCAGGACGAAGGAUCUGAUCACCAAGAUGAACGAGAAGCGACUCAAGCUUAUGAACUUGAGAUACUCGAAGCUAAUGCAAGAAAGGUCAGCAAAGUAUGUUUCAAGCCAAUAAGCAGCGAAUGUGUAGACGUUGACAACAAGGGUGUCAACCGGCUGAUGUCAAAAAAGAUUAUCAAACGGAAGAAGAAGGACUCUGGUAAUUCUUCCGACAGCGAUGAUGACGAUGAGUGCCCUGAUAUAACAGAAAAUGGUUGCCCUGCAGAGCUAGUUUCAUACUCAGAUGAUAGUGCGGAGCUAGAAGAUUCUGGUAGUUCUAUGGGACAAGGUAACAAAGUAAACAAUUAGCACCAUUGUACUACUGGCAAUAAUUACAGCUCACCAACCUCCUGCCCCUUGUUGCAACAUACAACCGAAGAAGAGAAAAGAGGGAAACAUAAUAGGCUACGGAAAACAGCAACAGUAAUAGUGAGGAGACUGCGAAGGCUAACAGCUUAGGACAACAUUUCUAGUAGCAGUAGUAGUAAUCUAGAGGUGCAAUGAGGUGUCAGACAUCAACUUUGCUGCACGCAUGCUUGUAGGCCUCGCUGGGCCACGGUGAGCGAAUCGCUGCCGAGCUGGAUGGUUUUGCAUUCCGAAGCAGUUGUGGUGGCUGGCAUGACCGGACAGAAGGCAGUAGUGCCACACAGAGGCCUGUAUGGAUGCAGCAGCUCUGAGUGGAAGAAUCAUCUGACUGGCGGCUCCAUUCGAUUCUGGUUUUGUUACUGACAAUGUGAGUGAAGUCGGGUCCGUGAGGGGCGAGUAUCUGGUAAAGCCUCACCUCCCGUUUCUCCUUGAUCCUCUCCAGCUCGCUGAAACUUUGCUGCAGCAGCGCGAUGGAGGAGAACAUCAGUGUGCCUUCAUUGUCAUGCACCCCCAUUGAUGAUUGAUGAAGAGACAUGCGAUGAUUGACUGCUCUCGUGUUGAGUUGGUGGAAUUUUCGUUUGUCUGGCUACUUUGGUCUGCUUUCUGUGUGCGUGUGUGUGGCUUUAGUGGUGGCAGCGGGGAAGAGCAUUGUGAGUACUUUUUUAACCAGCAAGUUUUGUUGUGGUGCAGCUCGUAAAAAUAAGUCAAUUCCUGGAUCCAACUUUUCAUAA